AUGUAUGUCUGGGUUUAUACUGCCGAGGUCAAUGCAAAGCGUAUCAGGGAACGGUAUUUGCGAGCAGUUGUACGUCAGGACAUCCCAUUUUUUGACAAAGUUGGAGCAGGAGAGGUUGCUACCCGAAUUCAGACCGACGCCCACUUAGUACAGCAGGGGAUGUCAGAGAAGGUUUCGCUCGUGGUGUCCUUCUUGUCGGCCUUCGCUACCGGUUUCAUAUUGGUCUAUAUCCGGAAUGCUGGCAAUAUCGCCGAGGAAGUCGUCUCUACCGUUCGAACUGCGCAAGCCUUUGGCGCACAGCGAAUUCUGUCGAGCUUGUACGAUCAGCACGUUGCCAAGUCGAAGGUGGUCGACGUCAAGUCUACAAUAUGGCUCGGUGGAAGUCUUUCGGUCUUCUUUUUCUGCAUCUACUCAUCGUGUGCCUUGGGUGCAUACAAAAUCCUUCCUUUCACUUACUUUCUAUUAGCCUUUUCAUUCGGUACAACCCUUAUUUUGUGCGGAGAUGCCAAUGCUGGUACUGUCAUCAUCGUCUUCAUGGCGAUCCUAAUUGGUUCUUUCUCGUUGGCAUUGCUAGCACCCGAAAUGCAAGCCAUUACUCAUGGACGAGGUGCAGCUGCGAAAUUUUACGCUACAAUCGACCGUGUACCAGACAUAGAUUCUGCCGACCUUAGUGGGGAAAAACCCGAAACCGUUUACGGUGAAGUUACGUUCGAAGACAUUCACUUUAAUUAUCCUUCGCGUCCCGACAUCGCCGUUGUCAAAGGGAUCAACCUCACCUUCCGAGCUGGUAAAACCGCUGCUCUUGUCGGUGCCUCAGGAUCCGGCAAGUCGACAGUAAUUUCUCUGAUCGAACGAUUCUAUGAUCCCUUAUCUGGUGUUGUCAAACUGGAUGGACGGGAAUUGAAGUUUCUCAAUGUCCGAUGGCUGCGUUGGCAGAUCGGGCUCGUGUCGCAAGAGCCAACACUGUUUGCAACCACGAUUAGAGGCAACGUUGAGCAUGGGCUUAUUGGAACCAAGUAUGAGAACGCCUCCGAGGAGGAGAAGUUGGCGCUGAUCAAUGGUGGUCAGAAGCAGCAUGUCGCCAUCGCGUCGGACCCACGCAUUCUUCUUCUCGAUGAGGCAACCAGUGCUCUGGACACUCAGAGUGAGGGAAUCGUGCAGGACGCCCUCGACCAAGCCUCUGCUGGACAUACAACCUGUUGUCCGUUUACACCACAAUAUGUCGAGACUGAGUCCUCUUACUUCUGGUUCGGAUUCUUACACAACCCCGACAAGGGUGUCGACUGCCCGCUGCGACUGGGUAUAUACACACCGCCAUUGUCUCGGUCCGUGACCCCAGAGCCCCUGAUCGACCCCCAGCUAAUCUAUUCAUUCCUAGCCGCCAUUGUCCUCUCCUCUCCUGAUUCAGACGCUCGACACGAGACAACCCACGCUUGGGAUAGUGCAGAGAGCUCCAAGUCCUAA